GGGGAGGAGGGGGGAAGGGUGGCGGAGCCAUGGCGACCGAGGCCUGCAGCGCCCCGGGGCUGCUGCUGCGGCGGUUGCAGCGGAGCCUCCACCCCGGCGGCGGGGAGGAGCCGAGCUGGCCUGAGCCCCAAGCGCCCUGCUUUGAGCGCUUCUCCAGGAUGCAACAGAUUACAGACAUUCAGGCUGAAAUCAACCAGAAAAACCUGGAGAUAGAACUUCUGAAAUUGGAAAGGGAUUCAGCAGAUGUUGCUCAUCCUUUCUAUCUAGCUCAGAAGUGCCGUGCCUUACAAAGCAUGAACAGCCACUUGGAAGCCGUGCUGAAAGAGAAGAGAUCUCUCCAACAGCGACUGAUGAAACCUCUCUGUCAGGAGAACCUGCCGAUCGAAGCCACGUACCACAGGUUUGUGGUGGAAUUGCUAGACUUGGCGGUGGCCUUCAUCGACAAGCUAGAAUCCCAUCUCGAGAUCAUCCGAAGCAUCCCUCAUUUAGAUUCCACUCUAAAAAACAUGGACAAGGAUUUGACAAAGAUGGACUUGUUGGUGUCAGAGACGGAAGAGCUGGCAGAGCAUAUAUUGAAGUGGAGAGAAGAGCAAAAGGACAUUUCUUCUUCUAUCCCCACAUUCUUUAAUAACUGAGGUUGCCUUCUAAAGCGCGUCUACUGGACGUCUCCCACGCCUCCUCUCACAGUUCAAUGGCGGAUCAUUUUCAUUUAGUUCCUACAGGGAGGGUGAAGCUCAUGCCAGACUGAGCCCCAAGAAUUUGUGACCUCCUGGGCCAGGAGCACUGAAAAAGCCCGAAACACAUAUAUAAUUUGGUGCUGGCAUUUGCCUUGGGAUUCGCAAGAGUGGAGUGGGAGUAAAAUGUCGUAUUAGUGGCCACCGAAGGCGGUGGUCUUGGCCUUGACAGCCAUUAGAGUCCAUUAUUUAGUUUCCUAGGCUUUUCAGGAUGGCCGUGACUUUCACCCUCCUUGGGAGGCAAGCCUCGUCUCUGCUUCCUGGGUCUCUUUGUCUUCUGAGAUCUGACAGAAGGAUCCGGUUCGAUAAUUCAGUGAGUGCAGCCUAAAAAGCCGGGCAAAGUGUUGGGGUCUCUAGGCGGGAUUGCCCUCCGACCUCUGAGUUGUUCUUCUUCUAGCCGGCAGCCAGUUUCAGAAAUAAACGUACCGUGAAUUGUAGCCGCGCUCUUUCGCUUCACAUAAGGAGCGGCCUCUUUGUGACAAGAACGAGAAACCUUCACCCAGCGAAAGCGGAGAACCAGUGAGCCAGAAGAAGAAAUAAUAAUAAAUAAUGGUGGUAUUUGU